CAAUUGUUUCAAAUUCCAUUCUGUAACCAUAGAUCAAGGUCAGUUUCUCACUUUGAAAUUUUGGGUGCGUUUGGCAACACUUCCAGAAGCCAUUUCUGACAGCUUAUCUUCCAAAAGAGAAGCUAUUCUAAAUGGCUAUGGAAUUUAUUGGGAUGCUCUUUGAGGUUGUGAAGAAUGUCUGGGAACCCUUUGCGGAGCAGUUGAAGUAUCUCAAAAACCUCCCAGAAAACAUGGAGAUUUUGAGAAGCAAAACAGAAGAACUAAGCAGCCAACAGAAUGAUGUAAAGAUGGAACUAGAUAGAGCUGAGGUAAGACAGGGGAAGAAGCGAAAGCGGGAUGUAGAAGUAUGGCUGAAAAAUGUGGAAACAAUCACAAAAGACGUAAGAAAUAUUGAAGAUAAACUUGGAGAAGAAGAGAGAUACUUACCACGUUUAAGAUUGGGAAAGCUUGUUGUGAAGAAGAUCGAAGAGGUGACCAAGCUGCAGGAGAAGGGUCGAUUUUCAGAUGGGUUGCUAAUGGAUGCAAUGCCAGAGAACGGAAUUACCCUGCCCACAACAAGGCUAGUGGGUAAAACAACAACUGAAAGAACUUUGGAACUGGUUUGGGAUUGCUUGAUGGAUGCGAGUCUUGGAAAGAUUGGAGUGCAUGGAAUGGGUGGAGUAGGGAAGACAACCAUAAUGAAACACAUCAACAAUCGUCUCAGAGAAACUCGUUUUUUCGACAAUAUUAUUUGGGUGACGGUGUCAAAAGCCCGUAGCUUGGUGCGGCUACAGAGCGAUAUUGCAAAAGCAAUUGAGUUAGACUUGCCUGAAGACGACUAUGAAGACAACAGAUCAGCGAAACUGUUUGCUGCUUUGAUGCGAAGGAAGAAGUUUGUUCUCAUCUUAGAUGACAUGUGGGAAGCAUUUCCAUUGGAAAAGGUUGGAAUUCCAGCACCUGAUGAAGAUAAUGGCUGCAAGUUAGUACUGACCACUCGUGACCUGGGAGUGUGUCGCGGGAUGGAGACAGAGAAGGAAAUCAAGGUAGAGGUUCUUUUGGAGGAGGAAGCAUGGGAGCUGUUCAAGGAUAAAGUCGGUGGUGAAGAGGUGCUCUCCUCAAAAGUACGCAACGUGGCAAUGCUCGUAGCUAAAGAAUGUGGCCGGUUACCACUCGCCAUCAUCACGGUCGGACGAGCUUUGAGGCAAGUGGAUGAUGUUAGGGUGUGGAGGAACGCAUUGAAUGAAUUGAAAGGAUCUACAUGUGAGAUCAAGGGCAUGGAAGAUGUUGUCUUUGCGCGCCUACAGUUCAGUUACCAUCGCUUAAGAAAUGACAAGAUCCGAGCUUGUUUCUUAUAUUGCGCAUUAUAUCCUGAGGAUUACGAGAUACCCACCAGGGAAUUGAAAAAUUAUUGGAUUUGGGAGGGAUUAAUUGCUGAAGUUGCGAACAGAGAAGCUGAACUUGACAAGGGGCAAGCUAUACUGAAAGAACUCCAAUAUGCAUGUAUGUUAGAAAGUGUUAUUGAUAAGGAUAAUGUCGAAUGUGUUAAGAUCCAUGACUUGAUCAGAGACAUGGCCAUCAAUAUCGCAAGAGCGGCACCUCGGUUCAUGGUCAAAGCAGGCGUUGGAUUGAAGGAACUACCUAGAGAUGAAGAAUGGGAUGGAGAUUUAGAGAGAGUUUCGCUGAUGAGGAAUGAUGUAGAAGGCAUGACAGGUCAGCCCAAGUGUCCUAAACUCUGCACCUUACUGCUACAAUUAAAUCCUCUAUCAGAAAACCCCUCACAUUCGUUUUUUAAGCAUAUGCAUAACCUUAAAGUCCUCGACCUAUCUCGUUCUAAGGUGAAGUUUCUACCAGAGUCACUUUCCGAACUGGAAAACCUUCGUGCACUUCUAUUAUGUCAUUGUCCGGUAUCGAAGGUACCUUCAGUAGCAAAGAUGAAGGAACUAAGGGUGUUGAACCUCUACUACACUCGCAUUGAAGAAUUGCCCAAAGGGGUGGAGAGUUUGACUACCUUGAGACAACUAGAUCUCUCCUACACGCGGAAUUUUAAAAUAUUUCCAGCUGAGGUAAUACCCAAGCUUGCACAUCUUGAAGAUCUGUUGAUGUACCGAAGCAGCUGCAGGUGGUCCUCAUGCUCGUCAUUGGUGGGGGAAGGAGCUGGCAUAGAGGAGAUCAUGAGAUCGCCGCAAAUUACAACUCUCUACAUUCAUUUUGUGGAUUUGCCCGCCUUUGUUAGUUAUAUGAGAUCCAUGCAGUGGCGGAUGUUGAAGGGCUUUCGUUUCACUAUAGGCCUUGUAACAAGCCGUUUACCCUCUGCUGCUUUCGAGUGGCAUUCUUUUUCUGUAGAAAUUGUGGGUUGUAAUCUUGUUAGCAGUGAGAACUCCCUUCUGCUCCCAGACAAUACUCUCAACUUGGACAUCGACGACUGCAAUGAUAUCUCUAGGUUAUCAGAACUGCCGUGCUUAGCUAACUUAACACAGCUGCGAGAAUGUUAUCUUGGCCAAUGCAAAGGGAUGGAAUGCGUGAUAAUGGCAGAAGAGAACUCUUUAUUGACUCUAGAGAAAUUGCUCUUAUCUGAAUUGCCAAAUUUAAGGACUCUAUGCAAUGGAUUUGUGCUACAUGACACGCUUGCAAACCUAAAGGUAUUGCAUGUUGAAGCAUGUAUUAAUUUGAAGAAUCUAUUCUCCCUUUUUCUGUUGCAUCAACUACAGAACCUGGAAGAAAUUGUAGUUGAAGGAUGUAAGGUGAUGGAGGAGAUAGCGUCCGGAGGAGGAGAGGUGGGUGAAACUAUUAAUAAUACCAUCGCUCUCCCAAGGUUGAAGAGAUUGGAAUUCUAUCAACUACCAGAAUUGAAGAGCAUUUGUGGGAGAAUCUUGAUUUGCAAUUCUCUAUGCAUUAUCAAGGUUUGGAAUUGUCCAAAGCUGAAGAAGCUUCCUAUCUCACUUAGCAGCCUAACACACUCCCUUGAAGAGAUCCGUGGAAGCCGAAAGUGGUGGAAUGAGUUGGAGUGGGACAAUCACAAUGCCAAGACUCACCUCCAACUCUUUUUCAAAGAUAUGUAAGAAGGAGAAGAUGAUGUAUACCAUUGUUGUAUUUGUAAUUCUAUUGCUAUGAUUGUAGAAUUUCCUACCUGAAUCCAGAUCUCUUUAUCACACAUCCUUUGCUUUUUGGAAACUAUGUACUUGUAAUUCUAUUGCUAUUAUUGUAGAAUUUCCUACUGGAAUCCAGUCUCUUAAUCA